CAUAGAGGGAGCGAGUUCAGUUCAGGCGCAAGGGUCCUCGGUUAAGGACGCGACGGUCCUGCUAAUCGGGACACUAUGCCAGGCGGCGAGGGGUCCCCGAUCAAUCUCCUCGACCACCGUACAUCGACCACCUCCGGCGAGUGCGCGAACAGUGACGAAGAUGAGAGGACGACGGGCACCGCUUCCAGCACGAUGACGACCGUCCUCGCGGGCGACGGUCUUAGACGGAGGAAGGUCAUACACGCGGCCAAAGAAACCUUUGACAAGGCAUCUCGCCUACUCCGACGGAAAAUACCAUGCACAGGCCACUUGAUGACCCCCCGCCGCCUAUGGAUACAGAAAGUUCCAACUCAGGAGUGCGACGUCGUGAUGAUGUUCCCGAGUGGAGCAAGCGACGAAACCCUGAUGUGGCUCCUAGGCCGUCUUCGGGCCGGUACUCCGGGCCUAGUGGUACACGUGCGACAUCAUACCUCGUCAGACACUUAUGGCUUUUACUUAACAGCUCCCUUUAACGUACUAUUGAAAGCUGCCGAAGAGAUACAUUUACCAAAAUCCCUACGUCAAGAAUUCGGUGGAGGACUGAAGGAGUUCAUAGGUUCUGAAUCGAGCUGCUUCGAAGGUAGCGACGAUGAGGCUCGAUUCUUCACCACUCAGGAAAGGCAGUCGUUGGUUUUGCACCUGCUGCACACACUCAGGGCGGGCCCGCAGGAUCUUCACAGUCUACCCGGGCUUAAGAUGGUGGAAGGUCAAGCAAUCAUUCCAAAAUGCCUUUCUGCUGGGAUUAUAUCCCAGGUCUUCCCUCUCCACGAAUUGCCUGCGUUGGAGAAGCUGCAACGAACAUGGGUCCGCGCGUUCCUUAGUCCCCAACCCCUGGACGACAUUUGUAAAUACUUCGGUGUCAAGAUCACCAUGUACUUCGCGUGGCUCGGUCAUUACACCACCGCUUUGAUCGUUCCAGCUGCAGUGGGUGCCAUAUAUUGGGUCGGCAUCAUCGGCAGGAACCAAGCGGUGGAAGACGUGGCGUACGUUCUGUUCUCCGUCUUCAACGUAAUCUGGGCCACGGUUUAUCUGGAAACCUGGAAGAGAAGGGGCGCCGAAUUGGCCUACAGGUGGGGUACCUUGGAUCAAAGAGACGACCUACUUGUCGAGCCUAGACCCUUGUUCACGGGCACUUUGGAAACUUCACCUGUAACAGGAAGACUGGAGCCAACUUACCCUAGAUGGAAGAGAAACAUGUUCCGGUACUUUGUCAGCGUUCCUAUUAUCGCGGCGUGCUUGUUCUUCGUUUUCAUCGUGAUGAUACUCAGCUUUCAGAUACAGGACUGGUGGGACGCUCGUCUGGAGUCGAGGGGAUAUGGAUUUUGGCUGAGCUACGUGCCAAAAGUUUUACUGGCGAUUGUGAUAGCUUUAAUGGACGAGGCUUACUUCAAAGUCGCCGUAUGGUUGAACGACAUGGAAAACUAUCGGCUAGACACCGAGUACGAGAAUCAUCUGAUCUACAAGGUGGCACUGUUUCAGUUUGUAAACUCCUUCCUAUCGCUAUUUUACAUCGCCUUCUACCUACAGGAUCAAGAGAGGCUCAAAGAGCAAUUAGCCGCGCUGCUGAUAGCGCGCCAGGUGAUCGGCAAUUUGAAGGAGUCCGCCGUGCCGUAUCUGGUAGAGCAACUGCGGCUGGCUCGGCUGAGUUUCGAGCUUUUUGGCGCGUUGAGCCCCAGCGAGGCUAGGCCGCCACCCGGCGAGGAUGACGACGAGUCGCGGAAGGAUUCCGAGGACAAGAGCGAACGCUCGGACGCCGGGAAGUCGAAACAGCCGAGAAACGUCAGCCAGGCCGAACUUGAGAGUUCUCUCUACAGAGUAGGACAUCCCACUAAUUCUCUACUUAGUGACGUUACGUUCAAGGUAUCUACCAAAAAGUACGACGGAGCGUUUUCAGAGCAUCUGGAAAUGCUGUCGCAACUGGGAUACGUUUGUCUAUUCUCUUCGGCUUUCCCGUUGGCCGCUAUGGCAGCGUUACUUGGAAAUCUUCUUGAGCUACGUGGCGACGCCUUCAAACUCUGCUUUGUCCUCCAAAGACCAUUUGGUCGAAGAGUCUCUAACAUUGGAACUUGGCAAAACGCGAUGGAGGCAAUGGGACUGGUGGCAAUUCUGGUCAAUUGCGCUCUGAUCGGAUUGAGCGGGCAGGUACAACGAAUGUUCCCGGAAAUGUCGGCGACACAAACGAUCCUGUUGAUAGUCGCUCUGGAGCACAUCAUGCUGGCGAUACGGUUCAUUAUAAUCUGCGCGAUCCCGGACAUCCCGCACUGGGUGGCCACGGAAAUGGCGAAGGUAGAAUUCCUGAGGCGAGAGGCAGUCAGGAGAUUGUCGUCCACUCCGUCGCCGGAACAGCAUCCAGCCACAGUCAUAGGGAGAUUCGUGGUGAGUCCAGCAGACGGUGAGAGCGAAGAACAACAACUGCUUUCCGAUCGCACCGGAGACGCGACGUCCUCCAGUCUUCCGGACACACCGACCCUAGCGUCGUCCACCCAGACACCCAGUAGUCCCCCAACACCUAGCGCAACAUCCGUACCAAGGAUCUCCGAAACACCUCCCGCGGUUCAGACUCCCGGUAGCGCGGGCAGCAGUGACUUAGCCACCCAAUUCCUCACCGAAAACAGUAUCGGCAGCGUUCGUGAUAUUCACAAUACACCUAGAUGCUCUAUUCCUGGUGGAGAACGAGGAAGACGUUCGAGGGAAUGGCUUCAGACCGAGACAGAGGCAUCGGGCGGCGCUGACCACUACAGUCAUCACUUGACGAUCGGACCUCACGGGGGAGUAGAUUGGGUGCGAAGAUUAGGUCUCGAAGCUGGCGGCCGAAAGUCCAGCGAUUCUGAAAUCAGCGGCGCCGGUGCCGUGAGUGGAAGCGGGGACGAGUUGACGCUUCACAGAUCCACCGAUUGCAUCGUCUCGAAGGAUCUUGCCUCGUCGUCGGACAGCGAUCUUCUCAGGUCCGCCCCGCCGUGGACAGUGGCCCACAGAAACCAAAAGUUCCGAUUCUCGCCGGAGAGGGAGAGGGAACGGGAGAAAACGGAGAAGCAACAGUAUCAACAGCAUCAGCGAGACGUGCAGGACCACAAGCAACAGUCGUCCUAUUACGCCGAGAAGGAGAAGGACUCGAGCGGUCUGUCAGACUCGAGCAAGACGAUCUCCAGCCAAGAGGAGGAGAAACCGUCGAAGGAAGACAGGGAGGCGAAGAAGACCCGAGUGAAACAGAGCCUGAUGAAGAGAGCCCGGUCAGUGGCGAUCUUCUCGUUGAAGCUGAAGGAACGGAGGGCGAGGGAAGCUGAAUUGAAGGCGAAAGUCGCGGAGAAAGAGGCCAGGUGGCAACAGCCGCAGUCGUGUGUCGGUGGCGAGCUCUCUUGCAUACCCAUAGAAAAGCUUAUAUCCGUGGACGAUAUCGCAGCCAUGGAAUUACGCAGACUUAAUCAUUAGCCCGCUUAACGUUUUUCCACUUUCGUUUCACACGCUACGUAGGAACGAAGUUCGUCUGCGCCAGUGAUACUCGCUGCGAAACGAAUGUCACGUGUAAAUCUCGCGAGAAUCUCUGACGCCAUAUCAACCAAUAUAUGUAUAUCUAAAGGAAAAGAGGUUCCGCGAUGUUGCAAUCGGCUUACGACUUACUUUCUUCUGUAAAUAUCGGGGCGAGAUCGGUAACGCGCAUCAAAGAAACGGGAAGCGAAACAGGAGGGAAACAGAAAGAUGGAAGGGACGCGAGGAUGAACACUUUUUGCGUUCGUUACUUUUCAAACUUGCAUUUUUUUCUUUUCUUUUUAAAUUUCUUUCUCUCCUCUGUUUACUGCCCGAACACGGAACUAACAUUAAAAAAUUGGGACUUUUUAAUAUCGUUGUUGAACGAAAACUUGCUCAAUUUGAACGUUUUAGUGCUACUUCUUGUCUUGACGAGGGUUACGCUUUGCAAAGUUAAUAACGUACAUAGCUAAAGAAGUACAUAGUAUUCUUUCAACACAGAAGGCUUUCGGUUUUCCCUGAGAAUUUCGAUCCGACAGCAAGAUUUCGAGUGAGUAUCAUUCGCGCAAGUGAAGCAUGCGCAUCGAAAGGCUCAUGAGAAUUUCUAAAGAAAAAAACACAGAAAAAAAAAAGAAAAAGUAUUAGAGAAGAGGUACGACCGUUAAGUUUCAUCUGGUGUCGCGAUUCAAUGAAUAAUAAAAGUGAACGAAUAUGAACAAAGAAACGGCGCACAAAGUACAUUGAAGAUUUUAGACAGAGUUCCAUAGAGAUUCUAGAGUAUCGUCCUUUCAAGGAUCACAAUUUUAGUAGAUUAUAGUCGGCAUAACUCGGGAUAACGAUACCUCAGAAACGGUUCGUGCCACACUGUGCAAUAAUUGUUUUCGACUUUCGUGAACCUGAAACGAACGAAUUUCCAGAUGUUGCUCUUUCAAUUCUGUCUCUGGCUUAAUGGGUAAAACGAGAAAAUCGGGGAAAGUGAAUCUCGAGGGAGGAAAUGUAUGGGAAUAUAUGGAGUUUCAGAUAUCAUUGAACAAUUCUUUGUAUUUCCUUGGGGAAUUUGCUGCCUUGAAGGCGGCAUGUUUCGUUUCAACCUCUUGCGCUGGAAUGACAUGCCACUCACGUCGAGAAUUUGCACUUUUUUCAAUAUUUUUCAAUAUUUUCUCAGUUUUAAGUAUACUUAAAUGUAUAACCAUGAUAAGUUCGUUAUUUCUUAACAAAUGAUAUCAUACCGACGAGUUCAAAAAUAAAGCGACGAAUUAUUGUAUACGGUUCGGCCACUCGUUAUGGUCCGCGAGCCUAGUUAGCCAGCGCAAGAGUUUUAAACUGUCGGUUUCAAAAAAGGAACGUAUCACAGUAACUCGUGAGAGUUCGAGCCGCGUAGGACGAACGGUUGUUACGACAUUUGUAAAUUAUUCGAACAGCUGCUGCCAAGUAGCAGGAGAGCCGAAUUCGUAUAUCUCGAGUCGAGGGAGAAAAAAAAAAAAUGGAUGACAAGAUCAUCCUCCAUUGUUGUUGCUGAAGUAUAAGUUGUUACUUAAUGUUACCUAGAUGUUUAUAGGUUAACGAACUUUCGCUAAAUAGCUCUCUACGAGGUACUCCACCUAUACGAUACAACGUAUGUACAAAUGCACACACCGAGUUCACACGCGCCUACGAUUAAUCACUUGCCUUACAAUCUGUUUUGUAUAUGCCUUUAUUCCUAUCGCAUACGUACAAUCUCGAUCUAGCCGAUCUUCAGUUUCCGAAGCGCGAACGCAGUUUGUUUUUUUUAACUUCAAAUACGUAUGUUUGUGCUCUUAUUUAUCGUACGGUGUUCCGCAAGUUACGAUAAACGUGACGUUUACGCUGUGAGGCAAGCGGUUAAACGAGAGACAAUUUAAAACGCAGUUUUCGUUCAACGAAGCAUAUUUGGUGAAGAUUUAUUUAUGCUUCGCCGCUCGGUCGAGAUCGAUGACGAGACGAAACGGACGCCUUAGUCGAAGAAAGAAGAAGAGACGAAGAAAUUAACCCGGUUGACGAGCGAAAAAAAAUUGUAAGGACCGGUUUUUUGUAUAUAGCAAAUUAUUUGCAACGCGUGAGAAAAUUUGAUUCCAUGGCCUAGCUGACGUCCCGCGUCUGUUGCUGAAGUAGCGCAGUCGUUCACAUGAGAGCAACAGCACAUUUAACGACCUUCCGUUUCGACUUUUUAACGACCACUAUGAGUGAAUAGGUAGCGUUACGAUUAGACAUACAUACGCGUCGACAUGCAAGCACUGUUGAAGCAAAAAAAAAAAAAAAAAGGAAAAAAAAAGAAAAUAAACCAGUAUCGCAAUUGUACUUUAGCGUGCCCUCUUUGGGAACUGCAGGACUAGAAAAAAAAAACCGCGAAACCGAUAGAUUAGCCGCUUUCGUGAGGCGAAGUUUUAAAACAAAUGUCAGCGGAAAGCAUCUGUGUUUCUUAGAUGUUUUGUAUAAAACAGAAACUGAGCCAAUAAAAACAUUCUACGAAAGAAAAA